UAGCCCCAUUUUCGAUUAGAUUCAUCAAUUUCGAUUGAUAAAAAAAAAUAAAUCAAAUUACUUCCAACAAAAUUGGAACCAUAUUUAAUCGGUUUGAAACUGUUGAUUCUAAUUUAGGAAUCGGAAUUAAAACCAUAUGAGUAGAACUAUUGAGCCGAUUCGAUUCUAAGUAUGAGUUAAUUCUAUUUGGAUUCGAAACAAACUGUGAUCACAAGUCGUUAGGAACAGUAGAAACCAUUAUUACUUACUAUUAUUAAUGCAUGGGACCUGUGGAUCUGCGCCGCCAACUCUUCUCGUGUUCUCUGGUUUCAUCUUCUUCCUUUUUGUUGUUAGCUUCUGUGACUUCCUUUCUUCUCCUUUGGGUUAUACCAAUUCACCAGCCUUUGGCUUCUUCUUCUAUCUUUGCUCGGUUAGUCGUUUUACCAUGGGGAUGUUUAUUUAUGGACGGUGGGAUAGGGGGAGGAAACGACCAUCGCAUAUAAAAUGGCUGGAAGAAUCAAGUAGCAGACCAUCUUUCAUCAUUCCUCUUCUUGCUAGAAGCAGGGGAAGAGACCUGUGGCAGUGGGGUUAGAUCUUGGUUUCGGGCGAGGAGCCAAAGAAUCUUAAAGCUGAAAGCUUUUCUCUCGAUAUCUUCCUGUCGUCUUGCUUCAUACGUCUAUCCAGGGAGGGAGAGAGAGAGAGUAGGGCCACGUUUGUUCUCUUUCUUUCCCGGAGGAGAAGAGAUGGACAGGCUCACUUCGACGGCCCUGCUGCCGGAGUCGUUCCAGGGGGCGAGGGACGACAUCACGGAGCAGAUGGGGAUGGUGUGGCAGCAGAUCAAGGCCCCGGUGAUGGUGCCCCUGCUGCGGCUGGCCGUGUUCCUGUGCCUGGUGAUGUCCGUCAUGCUCGUCGUCGAGAAGGCGUACAUGGCCGUCGUCAUCGUCCUCGUCAAGCUGUUCGGCCGGCGGCCCGAGAAGCGCUACAGGUGGGAGCCCAUGCGCGACGACCUCGAGCUCGGCAGCUCCUCCUACCCCAUGGUCCUCGUCCAAAUCCCCAUGUACAACGAGAAGGAGGUCUACCAGCUCUCCAUUGGAGCUGCGUGUGGCCUCUCUUGGCCGUCGGACCGCAUCAUAAUCCAAGUGCUGGAUGAUUCCACGGACACGGUUGUUAAGGAUCUGGUGGAGGCGGAGUGCCGGAGGUGGGCGAGCAAGGGGGUGAACAUCAAGUACGAGAUCAGGGACAACCGGAGCGGCUACAAGGCUGGCGCGCUCAAGGAGGGCAUGAAACACAGCUACGUCAAUCACUGCGACUACGUCGCCAUCUUCGACGCCGACUUCCAGCCCGAGCCCGACUUCCUCUGCCGCACCGUCCCCUUCCUCCUCCACAACCCCGCCGUCGGCCUCGUCCAAGCCCGCUGGAAAUUCGUGAAUUCGGACGAAUGUUUGAUGGCGAGGAUGCAGGAGAUGUCACUGGAUUACCACUUCACAGUGGAGCAGGAAGUCGGAUCCUCUGCAUACGCCUUCUUCGGCUUCAAUGGGACUGCCGGAGUGUGGCGGAUUGCUGCUCUCAAUGAAGCUGGAGGUUGGAAGGACCGGACCACGGUAGAGGACAUGGAUUUGGCUGUUCGAGCGAGCCUCAAGGGUUGGAAGUUUGUCUUCCUUGGAGAUCUCAAGGUCAAGAAUGAGCUGCCGAGCACUCUCAGGGCGUACCGGUAUCAGCAACACAGGUGGUCUUGUGGCCCAGCAAACCUAUUCAGAAAGAUGGCGAUGGAAAUUGCUAAUAACAAGAAAGUGAGUCUGUGGAAGAAAGUACAUGUGAUCUACAGUUUCUUCUUUGUUCGUAAGGUGGUAGCUCACAUUGUGACCUUUGUAUUCUACUGCGUGGUUAUCCCUGCCGCUGUCCUGGUUCCUGAGGUGGAAAUACCCAGGUGGGGUGCGAUCUACAUCCCUUCCAUCAUCGCCCUUCUCAAUGCUGUCGGAACUCCACGGUCUCUUCACUUGCUGGUGUUUUGGAUCCUCUUCGAGAACGUCAUGUCGCUGCACAGGACAAAAGCCACCCUUAUUGGCCUGUUGGAAGCAGGAAGAGUGAACGAGUGGGUGGUCACAGAGAAGCUAGGAGACACUGUGAAGGCCAAAAUGGCGGUCAAGGCCGCGAGGAAGCCACCGAUUAGGAUUGGCGAUAGAUUACAUCUACUGGAGCUUUGGACAGGCGCUUACCUCUUCUUCUGUGGGUGCUACGAUGUGGCCUUUGGGAAGAACCAUUACUUCCUCUACCUCUUCCUCCAAGCAAUUGCUUUCUUUGUAGUCGGAUUUGGUUACGUCGGCACGUUCGUCCCCGGUUAUUGA